AUGGAGGACAAUACAGCUCAGCAACCAUUCAAGCUUCCCACGGACCCCGUCUAUGGAUUCGUCGGAAUUGGCGUGAUGGGAUAUGGAAUGGCAACGAACCUCCGUGCCAAGAUCCCCCAGACGGCGAGGUUUGUCCUCUGUGAGAUUAAUGAGACAAGAAGGGCGCAAUUUCUCCAAGAAUGCAAGGCUCCUGUGGAAGUGGCGCAUUCGCCGCGCGAGGUUGCUGAGAGGGCUGAAGUCCCUAUCAUCCAGGAUAUCAUAAUUACCAUGCUGCCACGAGCACCACACGUCCACGACGCUUUCACAAAUCCCGAAACAGGGUUCAUGUCUGGACUGUCGUCCUCGUUGCCUCCACGCCUGUUUCUGGAAUGCUCUAGUAUCGAUGUCGCGACAUCAACGUCCCUCGCCAAAACAGUCGCCUCUGCAGGACUCGGGGUCUUUGUUGAUGCUCCCGUGUCAGGAGGCCCCCAGGGCUCCAAUGCCGGCACUUUGACCUUCAUGGUCGGAACGCCCAAUGAGCAGAUAUUUGAUACCGUCAAGCCAAUCUUAGCAGCAAUGGGGAAGGAGGAGAAUAUCUACCACUGUGGAGGAUUAGGUGCAGGGCUCGCGACGAAGCAGCUGAAUAACUACCUGGGCUAUGUUGGAUAUUUAGGGCUUUGUGAAGUGAUGAAUGCUGGUACGCUCUAUGGCCUUGACCCAAAGAUUCUAUCAAAUGUUAUCAAUGCCUCGUCGGGCAUGAACUGGAACUCCCUCCACCAGAACCCGGUCAAAGGGGUGAACCCGGCCGCAUCAUCCGCCCGAGAUUUCAAGGGGGGCUUCACGACCGAGUUAGCCGGUGGCGUCAUUGACGAUGCCGUGGCACUCAUGAACUCCGUCGGUGCCAGCACUGUCCUUGCUGAGCCGGUUCAAAAGGUCUUUGUGGAGGCCAGAAAGAACGACAAAUGUAAGGGUAUGGAGGCGAGGAGCGUGUGGAAGCUGUUCGCCGAAGAUGGCGGGAGCGAUGUGCGGAAACUGUAG